AUGGACUCACCAAUACAUAUCGGUGACUUAACCACAAACUCAAUCCAGCACAAGUUAGAUGGUACCCAUUUGUCAACAACAAUACGAUCAUACACCCUGACGUUACACUCAACCGUGUACUCCUCCAUCAAACUCAUACAGCUUACUCUCAACUUAAGCGUCGACCACGACGUUGAAUUAAUCGUGUUAAGGCGCGUGCAGGACUCGUUCGUCAAUGUCAGCCAGUUAUUAGAUAUUCUCAUCCAGUUGCGCUACUUUAGUUCCGAGCAAUUGAAGAACUUUUUGAGCAAUGAGGUGUUGGACAACAUCGAGUACUACGGCACCAGCGAUUCCCCCCAGUACUUGGACUGGCGCGACAACGACGAGGCGGCGUUGCGUGGAGUGUGGGUUCCCUAUGACAAAGCCGUCAGUCUUGCUUUGAAAUUCGACAUUUACGAACUCGUCAAGAAGUUGUUCUUGGUCGACGUGCACGAGUUUGAAAAUUUGCCCAAAGCCAACAAGAGAGUGCUUGACGAGGUCAAUGGAGUAGGCUCCCCCGUCAAGAAACAAAAAGUGGUAAAGGAAGAAGUUAGGUACGACUUGAACAAUCCCAACUAUCCAAUGACAUUACCUCCCAAAGAGACCUCAGGCGAGAUUAUCAAUGAGCUCAAGGUAAAACUCGGGGAGAUUUUCAAACGAGAUGACCAACAGGAGCUCACAGUCCAAGAUGUGAAAAACACCCUUGAGCCCAUAUUAUCGAAGUCUAGUCCUGAUGAAAUAUCAGACGUUCAAUUGGAUCCCAAGGGACAAACGAGUUUGCAUUUCGCUGCAACCCUUGCAUCGGUCAAUUUAGUCACUGCUUUUAUUGAACUUGGCAUAAACUCACCCAUUCGCGGAAACAGUCUUGGUGAAUCACCCUUGAUCAGCACCAUCCAAGUGACAAACUCUAUGGAAAAGGGCAAUUUCAGCGAGUUGUUAACCAAGCUCUAUCCUGACAUUUGGUUGUUUGAUAACAAUAAAUGUUCCGUGUUGCACCACUUGACGGCCCAGCUAGAUAAGAAAGCCGAAAGUAGCAAGUUCUACACCAAGAAGAUUAUUGAAUACUUGAUUCAUAAUGACAAGCACUUGUUUGACUUUAGAAAGAAUAUCGUGAAUGCCCAGGAUGUAGAGGGAAACACAGCAUUGCAUGUUGCUGUUGAGAAGGAAAACAAGUGGUUUAUCAAAUUGUUACUUGAGCUCGGCGCCGAUAUUACUCUCGCCAAUAAACUAGGCGUUUCCCCAUCUGAUUUUGAGAUUGUCAAGGAGUUGGUCAAGGACAGUGAGGAUGUAGAAGAUGGGCAGGUUUUCGAAUUGAUUCGAACCGCCAUUGAAUUCUUGAAUAAACGAUUAGAAAUAAAUUCUAGUUUGCCCGAGUUGGAACAGCCAACCACCACCACCACCACCACCAUAAAGGAAGAGCCAGGCAAUUCCUCAGCUAAGAUAUUUCAGAGCAUUCAGCAAUUGUUGAGCAACACCAACACAGAGUAUGAAACCAUUUUGAAUUCAAAACGGGAACAAAUAAAGACGUUGGAUAAAGUGCUCCAUGACGCCACUAUCAUCACUGCCAAUAAUAAAUUCAUCACCAAGAAAAUCAAGAGCAAGCUUGUGCAAUUGGAUAAUUUAAAGUUACAAAUUGCCAACAUCACUGAUAAAUUGGCUGUUGCCAAACAGGAACUUCCCGAAGACAAUGAAGACCACGAGUACAAUGCCGAAGAGCCAUUUAUAAUAAAACCCUUGUAUGAUAGACUACUCAAUAAUGAACCGGUUGACGAUUUAAGGGACAAUCCUGAGCUUCUCAGUCAAUUGGAAACGCCUAUUCUUAAAGCACGAGUCAAUGCUUAUAAACAAGUGAAUGAAAAGUUGGAGCAGGAAUUGGCUGCGUUGGUUGAUUACAACGAACUCACUUCCAAGUUCAAGAAGGUGGUUAGCAUUUGUACUGGAGUUGAUAUUAACGAAGUGGAUGAGCUCUUGGAUGGUUUACUUGAAGCUGUUGAGGGACAGCAAUAA